AUGUCAUCACUUUUGGGAGGGAAGCUCAUUUACUGGAAGAAAAAUGGGCUGAACAAGAUUGCCUACACCACUCGCGGGAAAUCUGUGUGCUUCGGGAAGGAUGUACGAUGCCUCUUCCGCCUCAGGAAUCCCAAUGCGUUGCCAAUUCAUUGCAAGAUUUCCAUGGGAAAGCUGGACAAGGUACAAAUCAUCAAUUACUCUGUGGACCAUCCGGUUGUGGUGAAUGCGAAGCCAGUGACGAGAAAGCAGUUCCUGAAGUCCGGAGACACAAUUGAAGUGUUCAAUCACAAGCUUCAGUGGGAGUUCAGCAUUCCGGAGACGUUGGGAAAGUGUCUCACGCCGGAUGUGAGUCGUGUCAAGGACAGAAGACGUAUUUGGAAGUCUGAGCCUGGAAGGAAGACAAAGCUUCGUCGCAUGGGUCCGGACAUGACUGUGUCAGUCUUCACUGAGAUCAGAGACAAGAUGAGGUGUCAGUCCGUGGAGAGAGAUACCACAAGGGCGCAUUGCUCAGCCGAAGAGGUGACAAUUGUGGACAAUCUGACGAGCAAUACAGCAAUUGAGGCAUCGAAGAGUGUUUAUGGAACGCCAAUGGAAGGAUCGACGCUGAAAUCGCCGAAAAUUAGAGAAUCAGUGAAUUUAAUUGAUCUAAAUACACCGGCGGCCGUUCGCGUUGACACACCUGAGAUCUUCAAGACGCCCAUGAAGUUCCCAGCAAUGACGCGGAGCAUGAAGACGCCGUCUUCAGUGGCGCCAGUGAGUGUAGACUUCGGCGGAUUGCCUCAAAGUACGCCAAUUGAGGUGAAAAGACUUGAAAUUCCCGAGGAAAAUGAGUCAAUUAUAACUAUCGAGGACUCUGAUGAGAUGACUCUCGAGGACAGUGUGAAAUUCAUCCCUGCGACUCCUCAGCGAGUGCUGCGAUCGGCUUCCAAGUCCGCUGUGGGAUCAGUCACGCCGGCAAAGACACCGAAAACUGAAAAGAGAACUCCAGCGACGCCCAGAAGUACCGUGCGACUGUCCAGGCGCCCAGUGACGUCUGCCAGGAAGACGCGAACUGGUCAGAGCACUCUCAGCAAGCUGAAUUGCUCUGACACGACUGGCGAGAAGACUGUGAGCAUGGUGAGUGAGGAUCCGUCGCUGAUGACAAUGGAAAAUUUGGCAAAUAUCACGGACAAGGAGAACAUUUCCACACCCACCGAACGAGGUGUCACGCGCAGAGCUGUAACGUCUGACAGGAUUUCGAAGGUGCGACGCAGUCCUCUGGAUAACUUGAGCAAUAAUGUGACCAGGAAGAAGCUGCUCUUCGCGAUGCAGCCGAAGACGCCGAAUCUGAAGGGUGUGCGAGAGCUGCUGAAGACACCGAAGGAGAAUUCUGAUGAUCUGAGACGUGUUGGUGGCGUGAAGGAGAUCUUCAAUGUGGUGAAAUCACCGGUGAAUGACUUGACAAAUGUUGUGGGUGUGCGAAAGUUGUUCAGAACGCCUGGCAAGGAGAAACGAGAUGUUCUGGAGGUGUUUCCGGGUGUGAAGAAUCUCCUGAAGACACCGAAAGACAGCAACAAGUUGGAGAAUGUCGUUGGUGUGAAGGAAUUGAUGAAGACACCGCCCAAUCAGGAUGAUUCUGUGGAUCUCAGAGGUGUUAAAGAUGUGUUGAGAGAGAAGCCAGAAGAGACUUCAAUAAGAUUUGCUGGAAUUCGUGAGCUGAUGAAAAGUCCAGAUGCACAAGAGGCUUCAGUGGACUUGCGAGGUGUGAGAGAAUUGAUGAAGGAAUCAGAAAUUGAUCUUUCCAUCAACUUGAGAGGUGUGAAGGAUCUUCUGCGAGAGUCUCCAGAUGCUGAGAUGUCUGUGAAUCUGGUUGGUGUGAAGGAGUUGCUGAAGGAAGGUCCUAAAGAUGAUGUAUCAAUCAACUAUGCUGGUGUCCGGGACUUGAUGAAACCCUCAACGUCACAUGAUAUGUCCUACCAAAUGACUGGAGUUAGGGAACUUCUCAAGGAACCAGUGAAUACCGAUGAUCUUUCCCACGACUUAACAGACUUGGGCGCACUGUACAGCAUUCCAGAGGAGGAAGUUGCUGUCCAGAAGGACAGCGAAACGCCACCGAAGCCCUCUUCAUCGUCAUCGAGUGAGGUGAAGGUAAUUGAGCUCGAUGCCAGCAUGGAUGACUUGUUUGACUCCCUGAAGGGACGCACUUCGAUGCCAUCGGUUAAGCACACAUAUUCACGGAAGGAGAGUCCGAAGAAGCAGAAGAAGUCACCGCCGGAGGUGGAUAUUGAUCGGCAGGGGAUUCAAGAGUGGAUCGAUUCGAUUGUCUCCACCACAACAACGGAAGCAACAACUCCUCGACGCGCCAACAAUACUCUACAGGUUCUCUCGGACAAAUACAGCAAUGUGACUCCCAAUGAGAGUGUUGUUGAGGACACUGAAGAUGUUGGUGGCGUUCGUGAGAUUUCUCUGCGAAAACAGGCAAUCGUCCAGAGCAUGGCACUCUCAGUGAUUGAUUUGUCUCUGGAUUUGGGCGAAGGUGUCACGAGCACACCGAUGAAUCCCCGGCGGAGGAAGGCUCAAGAGGAGAACAACACUCCGUCAGAUGAUAGCAUGUUGAGGAGAGUUCUACGAAACAGGAAGAAAGAUGUGAAUUAUUCGGAGAAGAGCCUGAAAGUGACAGGAUCUGUGGAGAGAGCAGAAUCCACGACGUCUGAGAAGUCACGUGGAGGACGAAUGGUGGGGAAGAUUGUGCAAUUUGCAGUCCCAUCAUCUCCAACUGUGGAGACGAAGAAACGCGGAGCGCGUAAGGUGGCGAAGACAGCUGCGAAGGCGAGUCAAACUGCUGCUCCAGACAGUCCAGAUCGUCCCAAGCGUGCGAAGAAAUCAACUGUGAAGCUUUUGGAGAAUGAGGAGAGCGUUAAAGCUUCUCCAAGACGUGGAAGGCCAGCUAAAAAGCCUGUGCAAGAGGAAAUUCAAAGCCCUGGAAGAGACGAUGAGGAAAUGAAGGAAACUGAGACACCAGAUCGCCCAAAGCGUGCGAAGAAAGCAACUGUGAAGCUUCUGGAGAAUGAGGAGAGCGUUAAAGCUUCUCCAAGACGUGGAAGGCCAGCUAAAAAGCCUGUGCAAGAGGAAAUUCAAAGCCCUGGAAGAGACGAUGAGGAAAUGAAGGAAACUGAGACACCAGAUCGCCCAAAGCGUGCGAAGAAAGCAACUGUGAAGCUUCUGGAGAAUGAGGAGAGCGUUAAAGCUUCUCCAAGACGUGGAAGGCCAGCUAAAAAGCCUGUGCAAGAGGAAAUUCAAAGCCCUGGAAGAGACGAUGAGGAAAUGAAGGAAACUGAGACACCAGAUCGCCCAAAGCGUGCGAAGAAAGCAACUGUGAAGCUUCUGGAGAAUGAGGAGAGCGUUAAAGCUUCUCCAAGACGUGGAAGGCCAGCUAAGAAACUUCCCGACGUUGAAGAUCAGACUGCAGAAAGUGCUGCUCUUGCCAAGCGACUGAGGAAAGCGACAGUGGAACUGGUGAGACUUGAGGAAAGCCCAGAGGCAGUGGUGAAGCCAUCGUCAAGGCGAAGACGUCUAGCUAAAAAGCCAGCUGAAGAUCGUGUCAGUGAGGAGACAACAGAGACACCAGAUCGUCCGAAGCGCACCAAAAAGGUCACACUGAAGGUUCUGGAGAAUGAAGAGACUGCUAAAGCUUCUCCAAGACGUGGAAGAGCCAAGAAAACAGCUGGAGAGGAAGAAGAAACUGAAGACAAAACAUCACCGAAAGUGGACAGCACUGUGGAGAUUGAGGAGCCAAAGGUGAAGUCCCGCGGAAGGCCGCGAAAGGUGAAGGAGGCGAUUGAUUCAACAGUAGCGAAGCAAAAGAACAAGAAGAAGGAUGAGGAGGAAAAGAUUAAGUCUGAAGAGGUUAUUGAGCCACAAAAGAUGACUUUGAGGCCAAGAAAGGCCAAGUAAAAUUUCAAAUAGAAUUCCAUAAUUCAUUGAACGACAAAAUAAUUAUUCAGAAUGUUCAGAAUUAUAUAUAAAUUUUCGUACUUUCAUAUUUUUUCAAUAAAA